CCCAAUCGCCCCGCCUACUGGCCGGGGAUUGGCCCGCGGCGGGACCCGUCGAUCGCGGUGGUGUUUGGGAAGGAGAGAAAAUGGCGGCGGAGCCGAGCAAGACCGAGAUCCAAACUCUUUUUAAGAGGCUUCGCGCAGUUCCAACCAACAAAGCCUGCUUCGAUUGCGGCGCCAAGAACCCGAGUUGGGCCAGCAUCACGUACGGGGUUUUCUUGUGUAUUGACUGCUCCGGCGUGCACCGCUCUCUGGGCGUUCAUCUCAGCUUCAUCAGGUCCACAGAGUUGGAUUCCAACUGGAACUGGUUCCAGCUGAGGUGUAUGCAGGUCGGCGGGAAUGCCAACGCGACGGCUUUCUUCCGCCAACAUGGAUGCACAGCCAGUGAUGCCAAUGCCAAAUAUAAUAGCCGAGCUGCUCAGAUGUACCGGGAAAAGAUUCGUCAGCUGGGGAGUGCGGCCCUGGCUAAGCACGGCACUGAUCUCUGGAUAGAUACAAGUAGUGCUCCCACUCACUCCCCAGAGAAGAAAGACUCUGAUUUUUUCACGGAACAUACUCAACCGACUGUCUGGAACUCACCAGCCACCGACCCAGCAGAGAGUCAGCAACUAGCCCCGUCUGCAGAGAACAGUGGCCAGCCACAGCCUGAGCACGGCCCCACCACAGAUCUGCUUGGCACUUCACCCAAAGCUUCUCUGGAGUCCGUUUGUCUGUCACCUAAAGGGGUCCUUCCUGCCAGAGAACUGAAAACUUCCCUCAUUGGCAAGAAGAAGCCGGCGGUGGCUAAGAAAGGGCUGGGUGCCAAGAGAGGCCUCGGGGCCCAGAAGGUGAGCAGCCAGAGCUUCAGUGAGAUUGAGCGGCAAGCCCAGGUGGCCGAGAAACUUCGUGAGCAGCAGGUGGCUGAUGCCACGCAGCAGGCUGAGGAGUCCAUGGUGGCCUCCAUGCGUCUGGCCUACCAGGAGCUCCAGAUCGACCGCAAGAAGGAGGAAAAGAAGCUCCAGAAUCUGGAAGGGAAGAAGCGAGAGCAGGCAGAGAGACUGGGCAUGGGCUUGGUGACCCGAAGCUCCGUCUCCCACUCAGUGCUGACUGAGAUGCAGGUGAUUGAGCAGGAAACCCCAGUGAGCGCCAAAUCUUCACGCUCGCAGCUGGACUUGUUUGAUGAUGUUGGGACUUUUGCCUCUGGACCCCCAAAGUACAAGGACAAUCCCUUUUCCUUGGGGGAAGGUUUUGGUUCCCACUGGGAUACAGAUGCCAGCUGGGGCGUGGACAGGAUGGAGGAUAAGGAGCCAGAAGUGACCAUCUCAAGCAUCCGGCCCAUUUCAGAAAGAGUCACAAACCGGAAAGAAGUGGAGAGCCGGAGCUCAGGUGCUGAGUCCAGUGAAGCACGUCAGAAAUUUGCAGGCGCCAAAGCCAUCUCAUCUGACAUGUUCUUUGGGCGGGAGGUGGAUACUGAGUAUGAAGCCAGGUCCCGCCUACAGCAGCUCUCAGGGAGCAGUGCCAUCAGUUCAUCAGACCUCUUUGGGGAUGUGGAAGGAGCCCAUGGAGCGGGUAGCGUGUCUCUGGGGAACGUGCUCCCCACGGCUGAUAUUGCCCAGUUCAAGCAGGGGGUCAAGUCUGUGGCUGGGAAGAUGGCUGUGCUGGCCAAUGGUGUGAUGAAUUCUUUGCAGGAUCGAUAUGGUUCCUACUGAAGAAGCUCCGCCGUGGCUUGGCCAUACGGUGGUGACGAACCCUGUGAUCCCCGGCUGGGGAGGCUUGCCCUGUGGCAGUUGGGGAGGAUUGUUACUUUAUGUGUGUGUGUGUGGGGGGGUGGCCUUUGAGGAUCUUGGGUGAGGGUAUGGGCAGUACCAGCUCCUCGUCCACUGCCUGUCGAUUGAGCCCUUGAUUCUCCUUCCCUCAUGGCCCUCCCCCUGUGUGCUAGAUUAUUGUCCUUCCUGCCCUGUCCCCAAAGCUGCUGCUGACUUGUCCUGCCGCACGGGAGCGGGGGAGGGGGUCUCCCUCAGGGUGGCUUAUGCUGGUCCAGCCCUUCCCCGGGGACCCCCCAGGGAGAGGAAGGGAGAUGCGUAAGGCUCUUGGAUCCUUGGUUGUUUGGGAGCUUGGCCCUGUUCUCAGGAACGGGAGAAGGUCUGGAGAGAAUUCUGCUGUAGGCCAGUACUUGGGGGAGGGGCGCCCUGGUUUGCUUCAAUGGCAGUUUCUGUGCGCCAGGAGAGGAAGAGGAGGGGAAGGACCGACAUCUGGGUCUGUCUAAGGGCUAGAAACUUUACCUAGUACCUAAAGGUUUCUUUUGGGGUCAGACUGGAGGCCUGAGCGAUCUUCUCCUGUCUCAGCACCCCUUUUCAGUGACCACUGGUAGGAUGGCUUUUUCCGGGUGUCUUGGAGCCCUCCCUCGCCGGUCAUUGUGGACCAUGGGAGCCUCUGUCCCUCCCUGAAACUGUCCCUCUUUUCCUGGUGGGUGGCCUUGCUGGGUCUCCUCUGACCUCUGCCUGCUCUGGAUGCUGUGAGCCAAAUGCUGGCUAAGGGGGCAGAGGACGUGAGGGCCAGAAGCAGCCUCCAGGGGCUCAACUUCCUUCUGUAUCACGGGGCCCUGGACAGCACCCCACCACUGAGAGCUUAAGGCACCUACAGAGCUGCAGACCUUGCACUUGGCUGCUGGGCCACACUGCCCUUUUUGGUGCCAUCUUCCCCUGCCAAGUGGGCGGUCGGCCCACCCAUGGGUUGUGGGUUGGGCUCCUGAGCAGCACAGACCACUCUUCCCAAAGCCCCCUCCCCCAAAGGGACAUGACUUUCUUUCUGGACUGUUUGUAUUGAAACAAAGUGGUGUCAAAUAAAGCCCCGUCGGGGCCCGGGGCCCUGGGCCCUGCUGGUCUGAGUGAA